AUGGUGGUCACCACUAUUCCGUACGAAGAGCGCCCGCAGCGCAACAUGGCCAACACCGCGCGUACAGAACCUCUGCCUGAACUUGGCGACUUUCCAUCACUGGGUGAGUCAAUGGUUAGGUUGGGAUUCCAAUCCCCAGCGCCGUCUCCAAUCAUGCGACUACCCUUGGAGAUCCAUGAGAAGAUUUGGAAAGAGACCAUGCUCCUAGAGCUCGGCAACGACCCAGCUAUUCGAGUUCGGAAUUAUAUCAAAUCUCCUGCUACCCGUCCAGGGUUCCUUCCGAAAUCUCUUCUGAUAUCCAAGAUGGUCUUGAGGGAGAUGCACCCUGUAUUUGUCCGACUUAUCACCUUCCGGACCAACUCGAUCGGCGAUAAUGAAUAUCUGCGACGAUAUCUAGAUUUGCCUAAUGGGGGUAGGCACAAUGUUCGGAGUCUUCGAUUUGACUUCUUCGAUUGCUUUCCAUUGGGCCUUCCAAUCAAUCAUGACCUGGCGUUGGCCACGAGCUGCAAGGGCUUGACGACUAUUCAGAUCACGCUCCACUGGAGCCGUGUUCAUAGGACGGUAGAUGAGAUCGUGUCUCACUACCACCUAAAGAAGGUCCUGGACUGCAAGUCGUUGACCACGUUCAACCUUGCAAAGAAAGGUGAUUUUCGAGAAGAGGAAGAGGAUAAAAUCCUCAUGUUGGCAUCGUGGGUGGAGUGUGCCUUUCAGGCACAGGGUCAGGUGGUCACUUGCCACGUGUUUCCUUACCGUCGAUAG